ACUAAAGAAAAAACUCUCUCACACACAUUACACCUAAAACACACACUAACCUUCCCAAAUCUUUCCUUUCUCUUUCUAAUUUUUUUCAUCCUUCCCUCUACCACUUCCUCAAACUAGCAAGAAAAACACACACACAAGAACACUCUCUUUCACACACACACUAACCUUCAAAUCCAAAUUAUUUUUCUCAUCUGGGUUUUUUUCUUUUUUUACAUCAGACAAGUGUCUCUUCUUAAAAAAAAACAACCCAGAAAAAAAAAAUAUAGAUCAGUUAUGUAUGGUCAAAUACCCAUCUUCUUCUUCAAGAUCUUGUAAAAAAAAAAGUAAAUAACUUUUUUUUAUUAGAAAUAUAAAUUACCAAUCUUUUCUUGUGAAAAAGUUUGAAUCCUGAAAGAUUUAUGGCUGGUAGUAAUGAAAUUAAUGCAAAUGAAGCCAAGAAAGUGGUUCCUUUGCAUACAUGGAUCCUAAUUUCCAACUUCAAAUUAGCUUACAAUAUGCUCCGGCGACCGGACGGCACUUUCAACCGUGAAUUAGCCGAGUUUCUUGACCGGAAAGUGGCCGCCAAUACUAUCCCGGUGGAUGGUGUGUACUCAUUUGAUGUCGUUGACCGAACAACGAAUUUGGUCAACAGGAUUUAUAGAUGUGUCUCACCGGAAAAUGAAUUUAACCGGCAACCUGGUGCCGGAAUCUUGGAACUCGAAAACCCUUUAAGCACAACUGAAAUAGUCCCAGUUAUAAUCUUUUUUCAUGGGGGAAGUUUCACUCAUUCGUCCGCGAAUAGUGCGAUUUACGACACGUUUUGUAGACGGUUAACGGGCCUUAUUAAAGGGGUUGUGGUGUCGGUUAAUUAUCGGCGGUCACCGGAGCAUCGGUAUCCGUGUGCUUAUGAGGAUGGUUGGGAAGCUUUGAAAUGGGUUCAUUCUAAAUCAUGGCUUAUAAGUGGCAAAAGUCCUAAAGAGAGUAAAGUUCAUGUUUAUUUAGCCGGUGAUAGUUCCGGUGGAAAUAUCGCACACCAUGUGGCCCUACGGGCGGCCCAAGAGGGGGUCGAGGUGCUCGGGAACAUAUUGUUGCAUCCUUUAUUUGGCGGUGAAGAAAGGAAAGAAUCCGAAAAGAGAUUAGAUGGGAAAUAUUUUGUUAGGGUUCAAGAUAGGGAUUGGUAUUGGAGAGCUUUUUUGCCCGAAGGGGAAGAUCGCGAUCAUCCGGCUUGUAACAUAUUCGGGCCACGUGGGGUUAGUCUUAACGAGGUCAAUUUUCCAAAGAGUUUGGUUGUUGUAGCCGGAUUUGAUCUUGUUCAAGAUUGGCAAUUGGCAUAUGUUGAAGGACUCGAAAAAGCAGGACAAGAUGUGAAGCUAUUGUUUUUGGAAAAGGCCACAAUCGGGUUCUAUUUCUUGCCAAAUAACGAGCAUUUCUACACGUUAAUGGACGAGAUCAAAAGCUUUGUGAGCUCUUAAUUAACCCUUUGUUCAUAGCUGAGAAAACCCGAAAAAAAAAAAAGACUUAACUUUCAACUACAGAAGAAGCCAUACAUAACACAAGCUUUUGACAUAUUUUUACCACUAUUACUACUACUAUUAGUCUCUUUGCUUCCUUUGUGUUUUUUGUUCUCCCUCUGUGUAGUUAUAUAUGGAUUUUGUGUACUUUGUUAUGGAUUUGAUAACUUGUGACGACAGAGGGGGGUCUCUUCGUCAGGGGUAAUAUCGUCAUUUCAUCUAUGUUAUCGGGGUUUAGAGAAGGAUUAUGCCCGAGCUAUAGGUAGAAUCCUUUCUGAAUUGAUCAAAUCAUGAAACAUGAUCAUUGUUGCCGAAAGUCUCUCCGGAAAGGCUUUUAUAUUGUAAGUUGACGCAAGUUAUCGGUCUCUUUAGAGAGGGGUUGUCGGCUAGAAUCCCUUGUGAAUGUGAUCUAAUCAGGAGAGGUGAUCAUUGUUGCUGAAGCUAACUUCAGAAGAACACAUGGAUGCUUGAAGGGAAGAAAGUAUCCAUGGAUGUUUUAUUGUUGUGAAAAACCUUGUAAUAUUUACUAUGACUACUAUUAUUGUUCUUAUAUAUACUUUUGUUAAUUGAUCUAGUACAAGUAUAUAAAGGUUUGUUUGGUUUUCAA